AUGUCGUCUCCAACACACAACUGCUGUCACCCGAAGCAACAACAACCGCAAACGACAGCAGGGGAACUGGCAAGCGUCAUGCAGGAAUUGCUUCAACGAUUCAACAAACAGACGAACCUGGAAGAUGUGCCAGUUCAGCCUGUGCAGAAGGAGGAGCAGAAAGAACAGCUUAGCUUCUUUGAGAGGAGGCAGGCCUUUUGGGAGGAGUGUCAAAAGCGUUUAGGAUGUAAGAUCAAUUCACUAACCAAGUUGUUUAAAGCCUUAUUAUUUUUAGGGGAUAUUAUUGAACGGAUCCAGAUGCGAAGCGCGACAGAACUUCUCAACGACAGGGAGAUGUUUCCGGUGGAGGAGUGGUGUGAUCGUCCUAGCUCGCAAUAUGAGUGCGCUUAUGGUGGUUGUUGUCAGCAUACCCAGUCCUGCCCAUCUGCAUUCGUGUAUUCUCCUGAAGAGAUGAAGUUUGCUGCUGAAUUUGAUUCUGUUCCAGAUUUUUUUAAAGAAAAGUCCAAGCGGGAAACCAUGGAGAAUCUUGUGGAUGAGGAGAAUUCCUCUGAGUACUGCGAUGAGGCCAAUGAUCAGCCUGCCUGCUCUGAGGAACAUCUUGCCGAGUUCGACCCAAAGCAACAACAACCGCAAACGACAGCAGAAGAUCUGACGAGUGUCAUGCAAGAACUGCGUCAACGAUUCGACAAUCGGGCGAACCAGAACCCUGUGCCGGCUCAAUCUGUACAGAAGGAGGAGCAGAAAGAACAGCUCAACUAUCGCCAGAGGAAGUUUGCUUUCCUGAAGAAACAUGGCCACGUAUUCUGGGCCCAGAGCGCGCACCACCUUCUCAGCGACAGGAAGAAACCUCCAUCGCGUAGAUCCUGUCGUCGUGUAGGGCCGCAAUAUGACUGCUUUUCAGGAUGUCAUCACACCAAAUCCUGCCCAGGUCUCUUCGAGUAUCCUCCUGAGGUGAUGAAGUUUAUUGCCGACUGCGAAGCUAGAACUCGCCACAGACACACAACCUUCUCUAUGAAAAAGCCCAAGUUGGAGACCGUGGAGGAGUGUGAUGAGGAAGAGGAACAACUGUCAUCGUAUUCUGUCGAGGCCAUUGGCCGUCCUGCCUGGUCUACCCGCCGACUCAUUGCCAGGUCCUACGACUACCUCACUCCUACUUCACUUGAUGCUGUGACUGCUAACGGUAGAAGCGACAAGGCAGAAGCCAGCAAUUUGACAUCGUCUUCUGAUGACUACUUUGGCCAGUCAUCUGAAAACUUCAGCCUUGAGCCUCUUCUAGGUUCCUUUGAGGGUAAUUUCUUUAAAGCUUCUUUCCCGCUAAGUUUCCUCCAUCAAAUCCCUCCGAUUCUCAGAUAUCAAUUCUACAAAGACUUGCCUUCAAGCUACCAAUCAGAGAAAUUACUUCUUGGACGAGGAGUGGAGUUUGGACUUUGUCUCUGUUGGUUCGUCUUGUGGCAAUUGUUGGAAUACUCUGCUAGACCCUUUGCCUCGUUAGAUGACUUCUUCACUAGAUCGGCGUCUUCCGGAAAUGUCAACUCUCUGAGCAGUCAAUCAGUUCCAACAAUAACUAGAUCGUCGUCUACUGGCCUUUUGGGAAAAAGUGCACUUGAAGAUUCCUACUAUUCCCCUUCCAAAGCUCUAAAGCUAUGUAAAAAAGUAAGGAAGUUGGCUUUGCAAGCCAAAAGUGCGGACGCCUUCUUCAAAUUGAUUCCAGACGAUUUGCUCAACAGCUUCUUGUCCGACUACAACAUGUUGGUGCGCCAAAAAAUGUUGGAAGAGCAAUGUGAUAACUAA